AGCGCAUUGCUCCCCAUUUUCAAUUACCUCACUCGCAGUCAAACCAACACCAUGUCCGGCUCGAAGCCAGAGUUCCUGCGCUUCACAGGCCACCGGGCCUUUACACAGCGCCUUGUCCUAUCGACACUGACCGGCCGACCGGUGCACAUCUCCAAAAUCCGCAGUUCGUCGCCGACGCAUCCCGGCCUCGCCCCGCACGAGAUCUCCUUCCUGCGCCUACUCGAGGCCGUCACCAACGGCAGCGUCAUUGACGUCUCAUACAGCGGCACAACAAUCACCUACCAGCCGGGCCUCAUCACAGGCAGCGCACCCGGCGUGGGCGCCUCGCUCGCCGGCGACCUGAUCGAGCACGUCCUACCCGCGAACUGCACGCGAGGCAUCACCUACUUCCUCCUUCCGCUGGCACUAUUGGCACCCUUCUCCAAAGCGCACAUGAACGUACGCUUCUCUGGACCGGGCGUCAUCACCUCAGCGACGCAGGGGACAGGCGACAUGUCGAUCGACUCGUUCCGGACGGCGGUGCUGCCGCUGUACGGACUAUUCGGUAUUCCGCCGACGCGCAUCGAGCUGCGGGUGCUGACGCGGUCGUGCGCGGGGCCCGGGGGCAAGGGCGGUGGAGGGGUGGUGGAGAUGCGCUUCGAGAGCCAGGUGCGCCUGCCCAAGACGCUGCACCUCAACCGCCGGCCCGGAAGGAUCCGGCGCGUGCGCGGCGUCGCCUACUGCACGGGCGUCUCGGCCAGCCACAACAGCAGGAUGAUCACGGCCGCGCGAGGGGUGCUUAACCAGCUCGUCUCGGACGUGCACGUCGCCGCCCAGUACGACCCGGCGCCGCUGGUCGGCGAGAAGGGGAGCCCGCAUAAGAAGAAGAUUGGUAUCGGGUUUGGGCUGAGUCUGGUGGCCGAGUCGAGCGCCGAGGGCGUCAUUUAUGCCGCUGACGAGGUCGCCCCGCCCGAAGGAGGCAUGGUGCCCGAAGAUAUUGGCACGCGGUGCGCCUACCAGCUGCUGGAGAUCAUCGCGCAGGGCGGAUGUGUGACUGCCGCGUCUGCGCCCACGGUGCUGACAUUGAUGGCCAUGGGGUCAGAGGAUGUAGGCAGGUUAAGACUAGGGCGACAAGUGGCGGGAAGGGAGGAGAUCAUAGGGCUGGCGAGGGAUCUGAAGGCGUUCGGGGCGAGUAGCUGGGGUAUAAGGGACGCUGAUAGCGACGACGACGGGACGGGCGAUUUGGUCUUCUCCGUCAAGGGAACCGGGGUGGGUAAUGUAGGGAGAAAGGUAGCAUGACAAACGCACAAUGUUUUCGAGG